AUGCUUGAUGUAAUCUGUUGUGCAGUCAAGCUCUCCGCAGAGCUCAAAGACCGCAUUCUGCAACUCAACGCAGAUUACUUGAACGACAUAGAAACUCACCUUGUCUUCAUUGACGAUCUUUCACGCGUUUACACAGAGCCUGACGAGGUUGGGGAGUGUGGCGGUUCAAUCAUGGCUCCUUUUGCUGGUCAAAGCCCAUACAACUGUUACAAGCUGCUCAAGCAGUUGUGUGAAGAUAAUGGCUCUGACAUCGACUGCGACUCGUUCGCCAUUAUUGAUGAGAGGUCUUUGGACGAUGGCACAAUGGUACUUGUCACUGAGCCAGAAGAGUCAGACGGAGUAGAGUCGAUGUCGGUACGCAUCGCCUUCGAGAUGCUGCAGUCGCAGCUCUUCCUACGAAUGGCAGGCAGUACUACCGUUGAAGAGGAUCGUGAACGAGCCGCAAGAUCUCAUGAUGGAGUACUACGUCCGGGCACGGACAUCGACUAA